AUGGAUGUAGCUGGCCUACGAAGUCGCAUUGCUGCGACUCUCGAAUCCAACGCCGACGCCCGUCGCCAGGCCGAAAUCGACCUCAAAUAUGCAGAAGACCAGCCCGGUUUCCCCGACGCUCUGCUGAACAUUCUCGAGGCCGAGCAGGAUGCUGGCGUGCGCCUGUCCACCGUCGUUUAUCUGAAGAACCGCAUAACCAAGGGCUGGUCGCCCGCCGAGGAUUACUCGCAGGCAAAGCCCAUACCCGAGGAGGAGAAGGCAAACUUCCGCAAGCGCCUUGUGCCCGUCCUCGCCACUUCCUCGCCGCCCAUCCGCGCACAGCUUAUCCCCACCCUUCAGAAGAUUCUCGCCUUCGAUUUCCCCUCCAAGUGGCCCGAAUUCCUCGAAAUCACUCAGCAGCUUCUCAACGCAAAUGACGCGAACUCGGUUUUUGCCGGCAUCCAGUGCCUGCUCGCUAUCUGCCGGAUAUACCGCUUCAAGGGCAACGAGGACAGGGCGGAGUUUGAUGGAAUCGUGCAGGUUACGUUCCCGCAGCUACUAAACAUCGGCACGAGGCUCGUCAACGAGACCAGUCUGGAGGCUGGCGAGAUGCUACGGACUAUCCUCAAGGUUUACAAGCACGCCAUCUACUUUGAACUGCCCGUUCCGCUCCGCGAUCAGCCGAGCAUGGUCGGUUGGUGCACUCUUUUCCUAAACGUGGUCGCCAAGGAAGCCCCUCCGAGCGCGAUGUCUGAGGACCUUGAGGAGCGUGAAACAAACCACUGGUGGAAGGCAAAGAAGUGGGCUUAUGCCAAUUUGAAUAGGCUAUUCGUCAGAUAUGGAAACCCCCAAACCCUUGGAAAGAGCAACGAGAUCGAUUACUCGGCAGUUGCAAAGAACUUCCUCGAGAACUUCGCCCCGGAGAUCCUCAAGGGUUACUUGCAGCAGAUCGAAAAGUGGGUGGCCAAGACGACCUGGUUGAGCAAGGCUUGCUUGUCCUACACUUUGGCUUUUCUAGACGAAUGCGUCAGGCCGAAGUCCAUGUGGAAUCACUUGAAGCCCCAUCUGGAAGGUCUCAUUUCGCACCUUAUCUUCCCUGUUCUCUGCCAGUCGGACGAGGAUAUUGAGCUGUUCGAGACCGACCCUCAAGAAUAUCUGCACCGAAAACUCAACUUCUACGAAGAAGUUUCCUCGCCGGAUGUUGCCGCGACGAACUUCCUCGUCACCCUUACCAAGGCCCGCAGAAAGCAAACCUUCACCGUCCUGAACUACAUCAACAACAUUGUUAGCCAGUACGAAUCUGCCCCGGAUGACCAGAAGAACCCGCGCCACAAGGAAGGCGCGCUGCGCAUGAUUGGUACUCUCGCUCCCGUUAUUCUUGGAAAGAAGAGUCCGAUUGCCGAUCAGGUCGAAUACUUUUUUGUUCGUCACGUCUUUCCCGAGUUUAGAAGUCCCCACGGUUUCCUCCGCGCUCGCGCAUGCGAUACGCUCGAGAAGUUUGAGCAGCUUGAUUUCAAGGACCAGAACAACCUCAUCGUCAUCUACAGGAACAUCCUGGAAUCGAUGGCCGACCCUGCUCUGCCGGUCCGUGUCGAGGCUGCCCUCGCCCUUCAGCCACUCAUUCGCCACGAUGUUAUUCGCACUUCCAUGCAGCAGAACAUUCCUCAGGUCAUGCAGCAGCUCUUGAAGCUUGCUAAUGAGGUCGACGUUGAUGCUCUUGCCAACGUGAUGGAGGACUUUGUCGAGGUUUUCGCUGCCGAGCUGACUCCUUUCGCGGUUGCACUGAGCGAACAGCUGAGGGAUACGUAUCUUCGCAUUGUCCGCGAGCUGCUUGAGCGGAAUCAGCAGAAGGAUGACGACGAUUUUGGUGACUACCUCGACGACAAGAGCAUUACUGCUCUUGGUGUCCUGCAGACUAUCGGCACGCUCAUCCUGACUCUGGAAAGCACACCGGAGCUUCUUCUGCACCUCGAGACCAUUCUCAUGCCAGUGAUCUCGAUCACUCUGGAGAACAAGCUUUAUGACUUGUACAACGAGGUUUUCGAGAUCAUCGACAGCUGCACAUUCGCCGCGAAGAGCAUCUCCAACACGAUGUGGCAGGCUUUUGAAUUGAUUCACAGGACAUUCAAAGCCGGUGCAGAACUCUACCUAGAGGACAUGCUUCCGGCUUUGGAGAACUUUGUCACCUAUGGCUAUGAGACGCUUGUCGUUCAACGCGCUUACCUUGAGGCCAUCGUCGACAUGAUUCGCACUAUUUUCAAGGAUGAGAAGGUCGGCGGCGUGGACCGUAUCUGCGGCUGCAAGCUCGCUGAGAUCUUGAUGCUGACUAUGCGCGGCCACAUCGACGACUUUAUUCCCGAAUUUAUCCAGCUCUCGAUGCAUGUCUUGCUGAACGAUGAGCCCAAGGUCAAGUCGUACCGCAUUCACUUGAUGGAAAUGGUCAUCAACUGCAUCUACUACAACCCUCGUCUCUCUCUUCACGUCCUGGAGAGUAAUGGCUGGACCAACAAGUUCUUCAGCCUCUGGUUCUCCAACAUCGACAGCUUCACGCGAGUUCACGACAAGAAGCUUUCCAUUGCUGCUAUUACCGCCCUUCUGACCUUGAAUGCCCAGGAGGUUCCUGUCAGCGUACAGGCUGGAUGGGCUCGUCUCCUUAACGGCAUUGUGAGGCUUUUCCAGACGCUUCCUGCUGCUCUGAAGAACCGUGAGGAAGCCAAGCGCGAGGAGGACUUUAGCUUCAGCCAAGAAUUCGAGGACGAAGAGGAAGACGAGGAGUGGGAGGGUGAGGGCGACUGGGCCAACGAGGGUGACGAAGCCGAAGACAUCAAGGAUGAGAGCACGGCAUACCUCGAGUUCCUCAAUGAGGAGGCCCAGAAGUUCAACGUUAUCAGCGAUGAAGACGACGAUGAGCUCGAGGAGGAAAGCCUUCUCGAAACGCCCCUGGAUAAGCUCGAGCCCUAUGGUCUGUUCAAGACCGCUCUCUUGAACCUGCAGCAAGAGCAGCCUCAGCUAUAUGAGACCUUAACCAAGGAUCUCAACCCCGAGGAGCAGCAAGUGGUUCAAGGCGCGGUCCACCAAGCCGAUGUUAUUGCCCAGCAGCAGGCCGAACUUGCUAAUGGCAACCCGCCGACGAUUGCUUGA